UCACGACACACGCAGAGCUCGAGAGACCACAUGUUCUUAUUCUAUUCUCAAGUACAUGUAUGAUGUUCUGGAUCGCACAUAUUUUAUUCUGGUGCUACACUUUCGCUUAUCUUCAUGUAAUAUUAAAGUACAUCGCCCCAAAUUUGCCACGUUACUACCAUCCCGGCGAGGAGUCAUGGAGGCAAGGACAGUUGCUUCAAUAUGAUGCAGUGUGUUGCUGAAGGUCAUGACCUGGUUGCUCUGGCUAAUCUCUAUCCAGAAGAUGUCGAUGAGUUGGACAGUUACAUGUUCCAGACCGUUGGUCACCAUGCAAUUGACCUCUACUCUCAGGCCAUGGGUUUACCCCUCUACCGAACUGCUAUAAAGGGAGGGUCUAAGGAACAGGGGAGUGACUACCAACCCACAGAUGGGGAUGAGGUGGAGGACCUUUUCUUGCUCCUGAAGAAAAUCAAGGAUGAGAUGCAGGUAGAGGGAGUCUCAGUUGGAGCCAUUUUGUCAAAUUACCAGCGAGUUAGGGUGGAAAAUGUUUGCCAGCGGCUUGGCCUCAUCCCACUUGCAUAUCUUUGGAGACGAGAUCAAUCUGAACUCCUUCAAGAGAUGAUACAGGCAAACAUCCAUGCCAUCAUCAUUAAAGUAGCUGCAUUAGGUCUUGGAGCUAAGCAUCUUGGGAAGACAAUAUCAGAAAUACAACCAUACAUGGAAAUCAUGAAAACAAAAUAUCAUCUGAAUGUAUGUGGUGAAGGUGGAGAGUAUGAAACAUUUACACUGGAUUGCCCUCUCUUUACCAAGAAAAUAGUCAUCGAUUCUUUUGACGUGGUAAAGCAUGAUGAUGAUGAAGUGUCUCCAGUCUUCUAUAUUCACUUUGGGAAAAUGCAUCUUGCUGAUAAAGAUAUCGGAUCAGAAAAAAAUAGUUUUUCAGAGAGGAUAAAGGAUCUGAAGAUGAAGAGGGGUAGGAAUCUACAUAGAGAAUUGAUGAUCAAAGACCUUACACCAUCUUCAUUAAAUAGCACCAAGAAUGAUCAUCUAGAUAUCAUCUGUCCUACAGUUGAUAAACUGAAGAGUCGUUUGUCACCCUCUUGCCAGUGCAGUAAUCAAGGAUUUGUGUGGGUGUGUGGAGUAAGAGCAACUUGUAAAGCAGAAUAUAGUACUUCAUCUAUUCUACUUAGCACUCAGGUUGCUAUGGAAACACUUAAUGAACAACUUCAGAGCAAAGGGUAUUCACUAAAGGAUGCUGUGCUAAUACACCUGUAUGUGAGAAAUAUGUCAGAUUUUGCAUCCAUCAAUUCUGUCUAUUGUCAGUACUUCAAACUCAAUCCAUCAGCAAGGGUAUGUGUUCAGGCUGACUUACCAGAAGGUAUAGCAUUACAGCUAGACUGUCUAGCCCAUCACACCCCCACCCCUGCCCCAGGGUCAGGCGAGGGAGGGGUUGAGAGGGACCCUGCCCAUUAUAGGACCACCAUGCAUGUCCAGGGUUACUCACAUUGGGCACCUGCCAAUGUAGGACCUUACAGUCAGGCUGUACAGAUAGGUAGCCUUGUAUUCUGCGCUGGAAUGAUACCUCUCUGCCCUAGCAACAUGACCCUUAUAGAGGGGGGCAUUAAUGCUGAGUCCAGAAUCUCCCUGCGUAGCUUGACCAGAGUUUUAGCUGCAAUGCAUCCUGGGAUGGGAUUGAAUCAUGUUGUCAUGGCAACCUGCUAUGUCAACAAGUCAGGGUUAGAGGUGACAGCAAGGAGACACUGGGACCAGGCACUCAAUGAAGAGAAGCAUAAGUUGGAGGAGUCUGACUCUGAUACAUAUCCCAGCACUCCUUGCCUGAUGAAUUAUGUGACUGUUCCUCGCUUACCCAAGGGAGUAUGUGUGGAGUGGCAUGUAGUUGCAGAUACCAACAAAUAUUCAUGGCAGUAUGAAAAGAGAAAUACUGUUGAUAGUGGUAUUUCUGUGGAAAUAGAGACAACAUGGUGUAAACAGUCCGGAGCAAUGGCCCUUAUGGCAACAGUGGAUCCCCAAGGUUCUAGAAAAGAGCUACAUCUCCGGACCAUAGUUCAGAGACUCUGUUUGUCCAUCGCUGGUGUUUUAAAAGAUCACAGCAAGGAAUUUAAUGAUGUCCUUUCUUUCAAGGUAUUUCACAACCAGUCAUUGAUUCCACAGAUACAACUCAAUACUGUACUUCAGAGUGAACUACAGGUCAUCUGCGAGGGCACAUUGCAUUUUACAAGUAUACCAGUGACAUCUUUACCCUAUCCAAAUCUUCUUUGUGCCUGUAUAUGGGUACAAGGUGUACCAACAGUGGAUGAUUAUGACUAAUUUGAUUAUCAAUUCAUUUUAAGUGGAGUUUGUUCUCUUUUAUUUUAAUUAUCAAUUAUCACAUACAUCAUGUACCAGCAACAUCGCUAUUGUGAUCUAGUAUUUGUAUACUUUUAAAUGAUACAGGGCAUUGUUCUAACAAUGGACAUUAAUAAUUAAUCCUUGAUAAUUAAGUAGUAACCUCUCUACCCCUUACUUUCAGUCUAUAUACAUGAUUACAGCAUGUUCUUACAAUGGACAAUGAUUAUUUGUUUUGAUUCUUAGUAGUUAGACCAAGUAUAUUAGCGACCUCUCUACUCUUGCAUUUCAUUCUAUGUCCAUUGUUACAGGGCAUCCCAACAAUUAAUGAUGAUAAUUUAAUUCUUUGUUAUUAUUUGAUAAUUAUUUUAAGUCAUGAUCAUUAUUUAUGCUUGUGGCAUCUUUAUCUCUACUUAUCAUUCUUUUUGCUCUUUCAUUGGUACAAACAAUGGACAAUAAUACUUUUUGGGGGGUCUUUUCUUGAUUAAGUAUACCAGUGAUCUUUUACCAUAACCUAUCAUUUUCUAAGACUGUUUAUGAAUACAAGUUAUUUGAACAAUGGACAAUUAUGAAUCAAUUUCAAAUAUAGUCUUAUCACUGAUUUUAUCUGUGAGGAACAUUAUUACUUGUAUUGGGUUCCUGACUGCAUUUGAAACUAUGUCAACUUGAAUAAAAAAAUAUUUCCCCAAAAUAAAGUACUGUAAUGUGAGCUAAUGGAUCCUGUACUCAUUCAUUCUCAGUUUUGGGACUCUUGCACCUUCCCAAUAAAUAAUGAAGUGCAUUUUCACUACAUGUAUCCAACAAACAUGAACAUAUAGCAAAGUUUUGAAAUGGUUAUGGGCUGUGACUUAUUAUGUCAGGAUGGUACAUUUUGAAGAAGAAACAAUCUACAUAUGCCAAAUUUUAAUUAUUCCUAUUUAUAAUUCUUUAAUUAUGAUAAUAGCUUUUACUUUGUAGAUUAUGAAUGAGGAAUCACAACGUACCAUCAAAUAUUGAUGUUAAUUUAUACUCGCAGUAAAUAUGAUUAUAUGAAAAUAGAGA